AUGUCCGGCCAACUGCGCUUCGACGGCCAGGUCGUCGUCGUCACCGGAGCGGGCGGCGGUCUGGGUAAAGCCUACUGCACCUUCUUCGGCUCUCGAGGCGCCAGCGUCGUCGUCAAUGAUCUCGGCGCAUCUCACACUGGAGAGGGCAAGUCCGCAAAGGCUGCCGAUGUUGUGGUCGACGAGAUCAAGAAAGCCGGCGGCAAGGCCGUUGCCAACUACGAUUCGGUCGAGAACGGCGACAAGAUCAUCGAAACCGCCAUCAAGGCCUUCGGCCGCAUCGACAUCCUGAUCAACAAUGCCGGUAUUCUGCGGGAUAUCAGCUUCAAGAAUAUGAAGGAUGAGGACUGGGACCUCAUCUUCAAGGUCCACGUCAAGGGUGCCUACAAGUGUGCUAGAGCUGCUUGGCCCCAUUUCAGGAAACAAAAGUACGGCCGCGUUAUUAAUACGGCGUCGGCUGCUGGUCUGUACGGCAACUUUGGCCAGGCCAACUACUCUGCCGCUAAGCUGGCUAUGGUGGGCUUCACCGAGACCUUGGCCAAGGAGGGUAUCAAGUACAACAUUCUCGCCAAUGUCAUUGCUCCCGUAGCCGCCAGCCGCAUGACCGAGACAGUCAUGCCCCCAGAUGUGCUUGCCCUGAUGAAGCCUGAGUGGGUUGUGCCGCUGGUUGCCGUCCUGGUGCAUAAGGACAACACCAAGGAGACCGGAUCGAUCUUCGAGGUCGGUGGUGGCGCCGUCACAAAACUGAGAUGGGAGCGGUCAGGAGGACAGCUUCUGAAGGCCGACGACAGCUAUACCCCCAGUGCCGUCCUGAAGCAGUGGAAGCAGAUCACAGACUUCUCCAAGCCGCAGUAUCCAUCCGGUCCGAACGACUUUAUGUCAUUGCUCGAGGAGUCAAUGAAGAUGGGCCCUAGUCCUCAAGGAGAAAAGGUGGAUUUCACUGGCCGUGUCGCUCUUGUCACUGGAGGUGGCGCUGGUAUUGGACGGGCCUAUUCCUUGGCAUUUGCCAAGCACGGCGCAUCGGUCGUUGUCAAUGAUCUCGCAAAUCCCGACGAUGUCGUUAAUGAGAUCAAGAAGAUGGGCGGCAAGGCAGUGGGUGUUAAGGCCUCUGCCGAAGACGGAGACGCUGUCGUAAAGGCAGCGAUAGACGCAUUUGGGCGAAUUGAUAUCGUUAUCAACAACGCCGGCAUUCUGCGCGACAAGGCCUUCACAAAUAUGGAUGACAACCUAUGGGACCCUGUCAUGAACGUUCAUGCUCGUGGUACCUACAAGGUGACUAAGGCGGCCUGGCCUUACUUCCUCAAGCAGAAGUACGGCCGUGUUGUCAACACCACCUCAACCAGCGGUAUCUACGGAAACUUCGGUCAAGCCAACUACUCCGCGGCGAAAUGCGCCAUUCUCGGCUUCUCAAGAGCACUAGCUAUCGAGGGUUACAAAUACAACAUCUACGUCAAUACCAUCGCACCGAAUGCCGGUACUGCCAUGACAAGGACUAUUCUGCCCGAGGAGAUGGUUCAGGCUUUCAAGCCCGACUACAUUGCUCCUCUCGUCCUGGCUCUGUCCAGUGACAAGGUUCCUGAGAACCCUACUGGUGCUCUUUACGAAGUCGGCAGCGGCUGGGUUGGUGCGACGAGGUGGCAGCGGUCCGGAGGCUAUGGCUUCCCCGUCGAUGUGACCCUAACACCGGAAGAGGUCCUCAAGCACUGGAACGAGAUUGUCACCUUUGACGACCGGGCGGACCACCCCGAGAAGAUCCAGGAGAGCCUGCAGAAGAUCAUGUCUAACAUGGAAAACAAGUCCGGUGGAAAGUCCAAGAGUGACUCCGAGAGCAACCAGUACCUCGACGCCAUCCAAACCGCCCUAAAGGCCGAGUCCAAGGGAACUGGGUUCUCGUGGACAGAACGUGAUGCAAUGCUUUACAACCUAGGCAUUGGCGCGAAGCGCAGUGACCUGAAGUAUGUCUUUGAGGGUGCUGAGGACUUCCAAGUGAUCCCGACGUAUGGUGUCAUCCCGCCAUUCGAUGCCGAAACCCCCUUUAACCUGGAUGACCUCGUUCCCAAUUUCAGCCCCAUGAUGCUGCUGCACGGUGAGCAGUACCUCGAGGUCAGGAAGUACCCCGUCCCAACCGCGGCCAAGACACUCAGCUACGCCAAGCUGAUCGAGGUCGUCGACAAGGGCAACGCCGCGCUCGUCAAGUCGGGCGUGACGACUGUCCAUGCCGAGACCAAGGAGGAGCUCUUCUACAACGAGUCGACCGUGUUCCUGCGGGGCUGCGGCGGCUUCGGGGGCCAGAAGAAGCCCGCGGACCGCGGCGCGAGCACGGCGGCCAACAAGCCGCCGGCGCGCGCGCCCGACGUGGUCGUCGAGGAGGCGACGACCGAGGAGCAGGCGUGCAUCUACCGCCUCAGCGGCGACUACAACCCGCUGCACGUGGACCCGGCGUUCGCCAAGAUGGGCGGCUUCAAGGUGCCCAUCCUGCACGGCCUGUGCUUCUUCGGCAUCGCGGGCAAGGCCGUCUACGAGCGCUUUGGCCCCUUCAAGAACGUCAAGGUGCGCUUCGCCGGCUCGGUGCUGCCGGGCCAGACGCUGGUGACGGAGAUGUGGAAGGAGGGCGGCAAGGUCAUCUUCCAGACCAAGGUCAAGGAGACGGGCAAGCUGGCCAUUGGCGGCGCGGCUGCCGAGCUGGUUGACGGUGGUAAGGGAAGCAAGAUCUAA